AUGGCUAAAAACAUGGAAUCUUUGCUGAAUUUCUGUCGAAGUUACGCUUUCUUCUUUUUGCUUGUUGGUUAUCUCCUCUACAUGAUUAUCGGUGCAGUUAUUUUCAUGUUGCUUGAACAACCUGAGCAGGAUUUGCUUGUUGCUGAAGUCCAUGAACUUCAGGUGAGGUUUUUAGAGAACCAUGGAUGUAUGAAAGAAAGUGAUUUGGAUCGUUUACUGAGGAAGUUGCUCCAUGCUGGUAAGCGUGGGGUAACUAUAAAGGCCGACAAUAACGAGUACAACUUUGACUUCACUUCAUCGCUGUUUUUUGUCAUAACCUUCCUCACAACUACAGGUUAUGGUACAACUGUUCCACUGUCGGAUGAAGGAAGAGUGUUUUGUAUGCUUUAUUGUGUCUUCGGUAUUCCUCUCACCUUCCUCCUGCUCUCCUGUGUUACCAAAGCCCUGGUGCCUAGAGUGAGUCAUGCUCCAAUACGCCACCUUCACAUCUACUGUGGUCUGUCUCGUAACAAUGCUGAGCUGAUUUACUGCGGAAUAUUAGCAGUGUGCACUGCGACACUGUUCUUCCUGCUGCCUGCUGUCAUCCUCUGUCUGGUGGAGAAAGACUGGAGCUUUCUAGAAUCAUUCUACUUUUGCUUCAUUUCACUCAGCACCAUUGGAUUGGGGGAUUAUUUGCCUGGUCAGACACACAAUCAGGCUGCACGGCAAGCACUGGAAUUCGCCACUUCUUGUUACUUGGUGCUCGGUCUUAUCGUCUUGCUUGUUGUUAUGGAGAGCUUCUGGCAGCUACAGCAAGUGCGGGACGUGGUGCGCCUCUUUGCUGGACCUGCAGCAUCUGCAUUAACAGAAGAUGGACUUGAUGAGCUAGCGCUGUGUGAAUGGACAGACAACCAUGAUAAUCCAACACAGGAUGUACAGUUCAUGCCUCCUAUCUCCAUCAUCUCACACAACAUGCCUGACUCACCAACAACCCCUUGUGUUGAGGAUUCAUGCUCACCAUUUACACCACAAGUGGCAAGAUAUAAGAAGACUCAGCCAGACACUGAUCCAGAUCAAAACAACUGA